GAAAUAAGCAUAGCACCCGAGGGGGACUGACCACAAAGAAGAUCAAAAAGUCAUAUUUUUCACAUUUUCCGCCAUUAUUCCUCCACUAAUCACCCCGGGGCUCCAGAUAUGCUCUAGAGGAAGAAGAGGAAGAGGAAGAGGAAGAAGAGGAGGAGGAGGAAAGAUAAGCUGUUCAGAGGAAGAGAAGAGAGAGGAGAGGAAAGGAAGAGAGAGAGAGAGAGAGAGAGAGAGAGAGAGAGAGAGAGAGAGAGAGAGAGAGAGAGAAUAAUAAUAAUAAUAAUUUGAGGAAGAGAAGAGAAGAAGAAGAAGAAGAAGAAGAAAAAUAAGAAGAAAAAAGACAAAUAUAAACAAAAUAAUACAAGAGAAAUAGAAGAAGAGAUAGAAAGAGGAAGAAGAGGAAGAAGAAGAAGAAGAAGAAAUAGCUCGUCCCUUCCUACCUAAAUGACCCUUAUAAGAUUCUGCAGGCUACUUAAGGUUACAAAACAACUACUACGACCCACUACUACUACUACUACUACUACUACUACUUGUGUGUUCGGAACGCGCACAAUGGCCCAGUCAAGCGUGCAGUGCGUUCGGCGUGUGGCGGUGACGCAGAUGACGGCCACCACGGACAAGGAGCGGAAUUUUAACAUCUGCGCGGACUUGGUGGAACGGGCGACCCAGUGUGGAGCGCAGAUGGUGUUUCUACCCGAGGCGUGUGACUUCAUAGCGGAGAGCAAGGAGGAGACCGUGCAACUAGCGGAAAGCCUCUACGGCCCCCUCCUGGCUAAGUACCGCAAGAUGGCCGCCUCCCUUAAGGUCUGGCUGUCUCUCGGAGGCCUGCAUGUCAAGGAGGACGGCCAGGACAAGAUUAGCAACACCCAUGUGAUCAUUGACGAGAGAGGAGAGAUUGCCGCGACGUAUGUGAAGACCCACCUGUUCAGCGUCCAUAUUCCUGAGAGAAAUUUGCACCUCGAGGAGAAAACUUAUGUCACCCCGGGGCCUGCCAUACACCCCCCCAUCGCCACGCCUGUUGGGGAGGUUGCCAUGGCGAUCUGCUACGAUAUGCGAUUUCCGGAGCUGAGCCUGGUCCAAAGGUCACUAGGGGCGCAUAUCUUGACCUUCCCCUCGGCCUUCACCGUGACCACUGGACUCGCGCACUGGGAGCCUUUGCUUAGGGUCCGCGCCAUUGAAACCCAAUGCUAUGUGGUCGCUGCUGCCCAGACAGGUCAACAUAACAAGAAGAGGUCAUCAUACGGACAUGCAAUGAUCGUUGACCCCUGGGGCGCCGUUGUGAGCCAAGUCUCUGAGGGAACCAAUUUUGCCGUCGCGGACAUCAACUUGGAUUACCUUGAAACUAUAAGGAGGGAGAUGCCGGUUCAGAGCCAUAGACGACACGAUCUCUACCACACGACCCUCCUCUCGCACCAUCUCCCAGGCCCGAGGGUGUGCGAGCUGGUCCCCCCCCCCAGCCCCUACGUCAGCUACCAGUUCGGGGGGGUGCGGGUCCCAGGGGCAUGUGUGUUCCUGAAGACCCAUUUGUCGCACGCCUUUGUCAACAAGAAGCCGCUGGUCCCAGGUCGUAUCCUUCUCCACCUCCACCUCCUCCUCCUCCUCCUCUUCCACCAGCACGUCCAUCUCCACAUAGUUCCACACAGUGCCGCCCUCCGCAAGGCACUCCAGGGCCACGAGGGGGGGGGGGAUCGGCCCUGGAGGGAGGAGGGAGAGAUGGAGGAGGAGGCAACUUCUCUCCGACAGGCUGCGGCAAGGGUCCUCCCCCCCCUGACACCCCCCACCCCCCAGGUCCCAAGAGCUGUGGUGCUGGACUGGGACCUGCCCCGAGUGCUUCCCCUGGGGCCCAUAGCUGUUCCCGAUGCUGCUGUUGUCUUAAAAACAAAACAUUCUUGUGCAUUUGUGGCUCCCAACCCUAUACUACCAGGCCACAUCUACAUCUCCUCGCUGGUGCCGUGGGAAGGCCUGCGCAGGGCGGGAGCAGGCCAGGCAGUCGACCUCUUCCUGGCCGCCCAAAUGGUUCAAAAGUGCGUCGAGACCCACCAGGGGGCAGCCGCAUCCACCCUGGUGAUGCUGGAGUCCGCUUGCCCCCACCAGCACCUACAGAUACAAAUACUGCCCCGGACGGAAGAUGACCUCCCCUCAAAUGACGACAUAUACUCGGCUGUCCUAGGUCACGCCAGCCAAGCCCCGCAGUGGACCUUCACGGCAGAGCUCGCCGCGGUCGCCAGCCAGCUUAGGGGUCUUGUCUCGCUCAUGUAGAGAGAGAGAGAGAGAGAGAGGGGUGAGGUUGUGUAUUUGAAUAUUGUUUUUGUUUCAUGUUAAUUUUGGGGCCAAGUCAGUCAGCCAGUCAGCCAGUCAGUCAGUCAGUCAGUCAGUCAACCCUUUCAAUAGCUAUCCAAUCACCCAACCAGUCAACCGGUCAGUCAGUCAACCCUCUCAAUAGCUAUCCAAUCACCCAGCCAGUCAACCAGUCAACCCUAUAUCCAGUCAGUCAGUCAGUCAAGUGUCGAACCGUCUAUCCUCUGUGAUAUGUGUGUGUGUGUGUGUGUAUGUGUGUUAACCUGAUAAUAAUAGUAAUAAUAAUAAUAAUAAUAAUAAUAAUAAUAAUAAGGGUAGUAAUAGCCCCCCCCUCCUACCCCCCCCCCCCCUCCUCUUAUGUGGUGCUAUGUAUAUGUAUAUCUAUGUAAUAUGGGUUGUUGCUGUUGUUGUUGUUGUUAAUUAUAGUUGUUGUUUUUCUUGUUUUCUUUGUUUAAAUUUCCUUUUCUGUUUUGUUUUUAUUUAUUGAGAUUUUUUUUUCUCUUUCGAAUUUUUUAUCGUCAUUUAUUCAGCGUUUUUUUUUUUCUUUUAAUUAUUUUGUAUAUUUCCGGCAUUUUUAUUUAUUUAUUUAUUUAUUUAUUUAUUUUCUUUUUUUAUAUAAGUCUUCGCCUGUAGCCUUCAUCCCUUAAUCUACAAGUCUCUUCUAAUUUUCAUCCCUUAAUCUACAAGUCUCCUAAUUUUCAUCCCUUAAUCUACAAGUCUCCUAAUUUUCAUCCCUUAAUCUACAAGUCUCCUAAUUUUCAUCCUAUAAUCUACAAGUCUCCUAAUUUUCAUCCCUUAAUCUACAAGUCUCCUAAUUUUCAUCCCUUAAUCUACAAGUCUCCUAAUUUUCAUCCCUUAAUCUACAAUUCUCUCCUAAUUUUCAUCCCUUAAUCUACAAGUCUCCUAAUUUUCAUCCCUUAAUCUACAAGUGUCCUAAUUUUCAUCCCUUAAUCUACAAGUCUCCUAAUUUUCAUCCCUUAAUCUACAAUUCUCUCCUAAUUUUCAUCCCUUAAUCUACAAGUCUCCUAAUUUUCAUCCUUUAAUCUACAAGUCUCCUAAUUUUCAUCCCUUAAUCUACAAGUCUCCUAAUUUUCAUCCCUUAAUCUACAAGUCUCCUAAUUUUCAUCCCUUAAUCUACAAGUCUCCUAAUUUUCAUCCUUUAAUCUACAAGUCUCCUAAUUUUCAUCCCUUAAUCUACAAGUCUCCUAAUUUUCAUCCCUUAAUCUACAAGUCUCCUAAUUUUCAUCAUUUAAUCUACAAGUCUUCCCUAAUUUUCAUCCCUUAAUCUACAAGUCUCCUAAUUUUCAUCCCUUAAUCUACAAGUCUCCUAAUUUUCAUCCUUUAAUCUACAAGUCUCCUAAUUUUCAUCCCUUAAUCUACAAGUCUCCUAAUUUUCAUCCCUUAAUCUACAAGUCUCAUAAUUUUCAUCCCUUAAUCUACAAGUCUCCUAAUUUUCAUCCCUUAAUCUACAAGUCUCCUAAUUUUCAUCCCUUAAUCUACAAGUCUCCUAAUUUUCAUCCCUUAAUCUACAAGUCUCCUAAUUUUCAUCCCUUAAUCUACAAGUCUCCUAAUUUUCAUCCCUUAAUCUACAAGUCUUCUAAUUUUCAUCCCUUAAUCUACAAUUCUCUUCUAAUUUUCAUCCCUUAAUCUACAAGUCUCCUAAUUUUCAUCCCUUAAUCUACAAGUCUCCUAAUUUUCAUCCCUUAAUCUACAAGUCUCCUAAUUUUCAUCCCUUAAUCUACAAGUCUCCUAAUUUUCAUCCCUUAAUCUACAAGUCUCCUAAUUUUCAUCCCUUAAUCUACAAUUCUCUCCUAAUUUUCAUCCCUUAAUCUACAAGUCUCCUAAUUUUCAUCCCUUAAUCUACAAGUCUCCUAAUUUUCAUCCCUUAAUCUACAAGUCUCCUAAUUUUCAUCCCUUAAUCUACAAUUCUCCUAAUUUUCAUCCCUUAAUCUACAAGUCUCCUAAUUUUCAUCCCUUAAUCUACAAGUCUCCUAAUUUUCAUCCCUUAAUCUACAAGUCUUCUAAUUUUCAUCCCUUAAUCUACAAGUCUCCUAAUUUUCAUCCCUUAAUCUACAAGUCUCCUAAUUUUCAUCCCUUAAUCUACAAGUCUCCUAAUUUUCAUCCCUUAAUCUACAAGUCUCCUAAUUUUCAUCCUUAAAUCUACAAGUCUCCUAAUUUUCAUCCCUUAAUCUACAAGUCUCCUAAUUUUCAUCCUCUAAUCUACAAGUCUCCCCUAAUUUUCAUCCCUUAAUCUACAAGUCUCCUAAUUUUCAUCCCUUAAUCUACAAGUCUCCUAAUUUUCAUCCCUUAAUCUACAAGUCUCCUAAUUUUCAUCCCUUAAUCUACAAGUCUCCUAAUUUUCAUCCCUUAAUCUACAAGUCUCCUAAUUUUCAUCCCUUAAUCUACAAGUCUCCUAAUUUUCAUCCCUUAAUCUACAAGUCUCUUCUAAUUUUCAUCCUUUAAUCUACAAGUCUCCUAAUUUUCAUCCCUUAAUCUACAAGUCUCCUAAUUUUCAUCCCUUAAUCUACAAGUCUCCUAAUUUUCAUCCCUUAAUCUACAAUUCUCUACUAAUUUUCAUCCUUUAAUCUUCAAGUCUCUUCUAAUUUUCAUCCCUUAAUCUACAAGUCUCCUAAUUUUCAUCCUUAAAUCUACAAUUCUCCUAAUUUUCAUCCUUAAAUCUACAAUUCUCUCCUAAUUUUCAUCCCUUAAUCUACAAGUCUCCUAAUUUUCAUCCCUUAAUCUACAAGUCUCCUAAUUUUCAUCCCUUAAUCUACAAGUCUCCUAAUUUUCAUCCCUUAAUCUACAAGUCUCCUAAUUUUCAUCCUUUAAUCUACAAGUCUCCUAAUUUUCAUCCCUUAAUCUACAAGUCUCCUAAUUUUCAUCCCUUAAUCUACAAGUCUCCUAAUUUUCAUCCCUUAAUCUACAAGUCUCCUAAUUUUCAUCCUUUAAUCUACAAGUCCCCUAAUUUUCAUCCCUUAAUCUACAAGUCUCCUAAUUUUCAUCCCUUAAUCUACAAUUCUCUCCUAAUUUUCAUCCCUUAAUCUACAAGUCUCCUAAUUUUCAUUCUUUAAUCUACAAGUCUCCUAAUUUUCAUCCCUUAAUCUACAAGUCUCCUAAUUUUCAUCCCUUAAUCUACAAGUCUCCUAAUUUUCAUCCUUUAAUCUACAAGUCUCCUAAUUUUCAUCCUUUAAUCUACAAUUCUCUCCUAAUUUUCAUCUUUUAAUCUACAAUUCUCUUCUAAUUUUCAUCCUUUAAUCUACAAUUCUCUCCUAAUUUUCAUCCUUUUAAUUUCUCUUCACAGUCUCAGUAUUUUUACAAUCUCUCGCGAUUUCCAUCCCCGCCGAGAAUGGAAGCAAGAUGAAGGUCGUGAAUGUUAACGCAGCGGAACUAUUUUGGCGGACGAGUUCCCGUUUUCUAUAAAAACUUAAAAAAGAAGAAAAAAACAUUAGUACUGUGAAUCUACAUUGAGAGUUGCAUUCCAUAUUAACAGGAAAAAAAGCAGGUUCAAAGUUUUCACAUAAUUUUAGGUACUUAAAAAUACUGAUCUCGUACUGAAGUAAAAUUAAUGUAACAGACAAUUUUGUUUUGUUUUUAGUAAUUGCAGUGAAAUUCAAGAUCUGAUUUUUGCAAACAUUUUUAAGCGAGUUUUAAAUUCCCGCAACGUACCAGCGAAAUACGAAAUUUGCAUUACGUAAACGAAAUUUGCAUUACGUAAACGAAAUUUGCAUUACGUAAACGAAAUUUGCAUUACGUAAACGAAAUCUAACCGUUUUUACGUUCGUGUGAAAUAACGUCUCAAUAUCAAGCAAUUGCAUUUCGUAUACAAUCCAGCACCAAUUUUUAAGUUCCCACAACGUACCAGCGAAAUACGAAAUUUGCAUUACGUAAACGACAACCAUUUUUACGUUCGUGUGAAAUAACAUCUCAAUAUCUAACAAUUGCAUUUCAAAUACAAUCCAGCACCAAGUUUUAAGUUCCCGCAACAUACCAGCGAAAUACAAAAUUUGCAUUACGUAAACGAAAUCUAACCGCUUUUACGUUCCUGUGAAAUAACGUCUCAAUAUCUUACAAUUGCAUUUCGUAUACAAUCCAGCACCAAGUUUUAAGUUCCCGCACGAUAGCCACCCCCCAUACUGUGCUUACAACAAUACCCAGCUUUCCUUUACAUAUCAAUAACCCCACGCAAUGAUCAUGUCCAAACGCUUGCCGAACCCCAAACAAAUCCACAACCCCCCACACCGUUACGCUAAGACCCCAUACCAAGGAUACCGAAUCUUAAAUGACGGAUAAACCAGUGCCGUUGUUAAGCUAAUGACCCUUAUUAAGUUAGACUAAGCUUGAAUUAUGUGAGCUUGCCGAACCCCAGAGAAAUAAGUUACCCUUCCCUUCUAUGCUGUGUUCCGAUGAUGUUAUAAAUAUCCCUGCCAAUCCGAUAGCUAUUCUAUUAUCCAGCUAAUCCGUCACCGCUCGCUCCCACCCUCCGAAGCGUCAUUCCAAUAGCCAGUCAGUCAGUCAGUCAGUCAGUCAGUCAGUCAAGUGUGUUUAUAUGUAUCAAAAUUAAGGAAAAAAACUCAUAUUUGUAAUUUUAUGAAUGUAUACAAAUUUUAUGUUAUCCCAGUCAGCCAGUCAGUCAGUCAGUCAGUCAGUCAGUCAAGUGUGUUUAUAUGUAUCAAAAUUAAGGAAGAAAAGUCAUAUUUGUAAUUUUAUGAAUGUAUACCAGUUUAUGUUAUCCCAGUCAGCCAUACAGUCAGUCAGUCAGUCAGUCAGUCAGUCAAGUGUGUUUAUAUGUAUCAAAAUUAAGGAAGAAAAGUCAUAUUUGUAAUUUUAUGAAUGUAUACCAGUUUAAGUUAUCCCAGUCAGCCAUACAGUCAGUCAGCCAGUCAGUCAGUCAGUCAGUCAGUCAGUCAGUCAAGUGUGUUUAUAUGUAUCAAAAUUAAGGAAAAAAAGUCAUAUUUGUAAUUUUAUGAAUGUAUAUCAGUUUUAAGUUAUCCCAGUCAGCCAUACAGUCAGUCAGUCAGUCAGCCAGUCAGUCAGUCAGUCAAGUGUGUUUAUAUGUAUCAAAAUUAAGGAAAAAAACUCAUAUUUGUAAUUUUAUGAAUGUAUACCAGUUUAUGUUAUCCCAGUCAGCCAUACAGUCAGUCAGUCAGUCAGUCAGUCAGUCAAGUGUGUUUAUAUGUAUCAAAAUUAAGGAAGAAAAAGUCAUAUUUGUAAUUUUAUGAAUGUAUAUCAAUUUUAUGUUAUCCCAGUCAGCCAUACAGUCAGUCAGUCAGUCAGUCAGCCAGUCAGUCAGUCAGUCAGUCAGUCAGUCAGCCAGUCACUGUUUUAUAUCUGUGAAAAUUAAAGAAAAAGUCAUAUUUGUAAUUUUAUGAAUGUAUACAAAUUUUAUGUUAUCCCAGUCAGCCAGUCAGUCAGUCAGUCAGCCAGUGUUCCUAUUUGUCACAAUACAAAAUAAAACUCUCAA